AAAUUAACCGUAACCGUGUUCGCAUAAAAAGAAAUAAAAUGUUUCUUACGACAUUAAUUAUAGUCAGCUUUUUAGCUUCGUAUGUAGUUAGUGAUUCCUGUGUGACUUACAAUUUCGAAGAAAACUUUGAUAUAUUAUUAAGCUGCAGCAACCUGCAUCCGUGGAUUCUUGGCGAGUACAGCAACUUGAAUUUAAACAGUCCAAAUGAACGUAGCACCAAGUUUAUUACACCCCUACCUAAUCCUAGCUGUUGGUCAUCCUUCCCAUUUAUAAUGAGCCAGAAUGGUAGAAUUGAAAUUAAAAUUUACAUGGAUUCAGAAAACGGUGGUGCUAACUUAAAUAUUAUCAUCUUCAAUGAUAGUGAUGGUUCUGCGGCAGGAUUUGGUUCCGCAAACUCUGGUAUAAAAGGGUGGCAGACAAUAAAUGUACAAUUAAUGAUAUCUACAAAUAUUAAAGGCUAUAUAUCCAUUAUGGGCAUGGCAUCAGCUGGGUCUACACUUUUAGUUGAUUCAUUCCGCUACAUACCACCUGGUAUGGAUGAAAGUUUAUGCCAGAUUUAUCCAGAUCCACCGAUAACACCCCAAUAGACGACGACAACGGAACCAACAACUACUCCAGAACCAACAACUACUCCGGAACCAACAACUACUCCGGAACCAACAACUACUCCGGAACCAACAACUACUCCAGAACCAACAACUACUCCGGAACCAACAACUACUCCGGAACCAACAACUACUCCGGAACCAACAACUACUCCGGAACCAACAACUACUCCGGAACCAACAACUACUCCGGAACCAACAACAACAUCGUGGUCGACUGAAACUACCAAAUCAACAGUAACUAGCCCGGUGUCAACGACUGCCAGACCUUGCGUUAGACCACCCACUGAUGCGGAAGAUACAACAUGGUUUUGGACCAAAAUAAUCAUUGCCUUGGUCAUUCUUUUAAAUCUGGUAGUGCUAGUUUUGACAUGUAUUAUAUUUUACGAACUCGGACGAAGGAAAGCUGCAUUACCAUCUACUAAACGUGGAGUUUCUUCAUCGGAAUGAUUAAUUCUGUGUAUACGAUUGUACUAAACUAUGCUUGCAUAUCAAUAGCAAACUUUACUUUACUUUUUUUUCUAUUAGUUUAUUCAGAGGUUAACUUAGUAAAUGGCUUGAGCAUUUU